ACAUUGUAUAUAAAAAAAUAAAUAAAUAAAUAACAUUCGCUCCAAAAAAAUAAUAAAAACAAUCAUUAAAAUUAUUUUUUAUAAUAUAAAAUAUUAAAAAUAGCAUAAAAUAAUAAAAUACAAUUUAAAAAAUUAAUCAUUAAAAUAAAAAUGCCACCAGCAUCAGUAAACACACAGAGAAGAAUUAGUUCAAUGAUUAAAAAAUUUAAAUUCAGUGAAUUUGAAGAUGCUGUAUUGCCAUUAUUUCCAGAAUUAUCAUGGAUAAAUAUAAAAUCAAAAUUAAUAAAAGAUCAUCAACAUUUUACAUCAUCAGAUGCUGUUAAAAUAAUUGAGCAUGAAAUAAAUAAAUGUCAUUUGAAUGACAGCGAGUUAAGAAAAAGACUUGCAGAGCUUGAAACAGUUGACAUAAGUAGACACUCAAAAAAAAAAAUAUGGUAUGGUUAUGAACUUCGUGAUAAUGAAAAUGAUAAAUUAUUAAUACCAAAUAUUGAUAUGGAAAAACGUAUAGCACAAUCAUUUUUAAUUAAUUCGCUUAAAACAAAUGUUAAAAUAAUUAAUAAUGAAGGAAUAACAUUUAUAUCAUUAAAACAAAAAGAGAAAACAAAACAGUUAUUACCAAUAUUUGUAGCAUUGUAUUUACAUCAAGGAUAUUUUUUUAUAUCUAAAAAAAAUAUUGCAAAAGAUGUAUUGAAUGGAAUUGUUGCUGGUUUAGGAUAUAAAAGUUAUAAAUAUUUAAAUUUAUCUGGUAGAAAUUUAAGCUCACUUAUUAAAAUAAUACAUAUGAAAAAAAAUGGUUGUGUUAGAUAUCAAAAUUUAUAUGAUACACCAAUUAUUAAAAAUUCACAACCAAUUUACAAAAAAACUGGAAUUGAUUUUCGACAACACAAAGAACGUAGAAAAUAUCUUGAAAAAUGUUUUGGUAGUGAAAAUUUAGAGUUUGAAUUAUUGACAAUGAAUUCAACAGAAAUACCUUGGAUAUAUGAUAAAUUAAAAAAUGAUAAAAUGAUACAAUCUUGGGAAUUUAAAAGUCGUAAUGUUCCAUUACAAUUAUUACAAUUAACACAACAACGUAUAUUCAUUAAUCCACUACCAGAAUAUAUUACAAAAUUAAUUGAAAAUGGUAAAAAUAAAUUAACUGUAACGUUAUGAUUUUAUUUUUAAUUUAUUUUUAAUUAGACUUAAGUUGUUGGUUUUUUUUUUCUUUAAUUUCGAAUUUCCAAGAAAUAAAAUGAGGAUUAUAGUUAGAUAGAAAAAGAGUACUAUUGUUAAUGAAAUUUUUUUUUUUUUUUAAUCAAUUGCAACAAUGUUAAAUUAUUAAUUUAAAAAUUAAAAAAAAAAAAAGCUUAAAACCAUGGGUGUAAAGUCAAUUCGUUAGUUUUUUUUAUUUGAUUAAUUAAAUUAUUAUUGUAUAUUUAAGAAUAAAAAAAAAAUUUAUAAAUUAAUUAAUUUUUAUAAUUUUAUAAUAAUUAGAAUUGUCAAUUAAAAAAAUAAUUAAUAUACAUGAUAGUUAUGCCCUUUUGUGACUAAAAUAAAUAAAAAAUUUUGUUCAAUAAUUAAUUAAUAAUUAAUUUUAAAAACAAUUUUACUAAGAAAAUUACAAAAAAAAAAUAUUUUCAAUCAUCAAAAAAAAAAAAUGAAUUUAAUAAACUAUAAUUAAAUUAAUACUGUAUAUUAAAUUAAAUUAAAAAAAAACUAAUUUAUAAAUAAACAAUACUAUUUUUAUAUAUGAAAAAAAAAAAAAAAAAAAAA